UGCGGGGGCACCGUGCCUUUUGCCAUGGAGGAGUCUGGGGGCAGUGAGCCGGUACUAGAUGCUAAAUCUGAAGUCACCAGCCAGCUUAUAGAUUUUCAGUGGAAACUCAGUAUGGCUAUGAGCUCAGACAGCUGCAGAUAACUGAAGUAUCCAAUGAUAAAAGUGGCAGAUCAUUCUGGCCAAGUAAAGAACAAGUCCUUUGAAAUGACAAUUCCUCAGUUUCAGAAUUUUUACAGACAGUUCAAGGAAAUUGCUGCUGUUAUUGAAACUGUGUGAAACUCUUUGGUUGAUACAGUCC